AUGGCGGUAUCAAGUUCUUUAAAUAUCAGGCCCCUUAUUACAGGCUACCCUUUCCAGGGUCAAGGUAGGGUCAACCAGCUAGGUGGAGUCUUCAUCAACGGCCGACCACUGCCCAAUCAUAUUCGUUUGAAGAUUGUAGAAAUGGCUGCUGCUGGAAUCAGACCAUGUGUGAUAAGUCGACAGUUGCGGGUGUCUCAUGGUUGUGUGUCCAAGAUCCUCAACAGAUAUCAGGAAACGGGCAGUAUUAGACCAGGAGUCAUCGGUGGCAGUAAGCCUCGUGUCGCCACACCUGACAUAGAGAAAAAAAUAGAAGACUUUAAGAAAGAGAAUCCAGGAAUUUUCAGUUGGGAGAUUAGAGAUAGACUCGUUAAAGAAGGGUACUGUGAUCGCAGCACAGCGCCUUCCGUGAGUUCAAUCAGUCGAUUAAUAAGAGGAGAUGGAGGUGGAGACGGAGAGAAUAUGUCCGUCGGCUCUGGAGAAAAACGAAUAGAGAAUGUAAAUAAACACUCGAUUGACGGGAUAUUGGCCAAUAAAAAAGACUGUGGAAAUGACGAAACCUCACACUCAGACGAUGGCAGUGAUUCUGAACCGGCCCUGACGUUGAAGCGAAAACAGCGCCGCUCGCGGACAACUUUUACAGCAGCUCAACUAGAUGAACUUGAAAAGGCUUUUGAGAGGACUCAGUACCCAGAUAUUUACACGAGGGAAGAACUAGCCCAGAGAACAAAACUGACAGAGGCUCGGGUGCAGGUGUGGUUCAGCAACCGGCGUGCUAGAUGGAGGAAACAAAUAGGAAGUCAACAACUGACCAAUUUCAGCACCCUUGGACUACCCAUGGCCUACCCAACAAAUGGACCCUAUAUUCUAGCAGGCUCCAGUCCUACACAAGAUCCGUCAACGUUGCAUCACCCCGUUCAACCCGCGUCCUCAGUGCCACUCCACCAUCAAGGCGUGCCUAUGAAUGACAACCGUAUGAACUUGAGUUACACCAAUCACAUGGCGGAUUCCUCGUAUGUUUCAACAAUGUCCACCCUUCCCUCUCAGGUGUUAACUAUGCUAAACUCCAGUGUACCUACCAGUGCACAGUCCCACACAUCUGUCAACACUGCAGAUUAUCCAUCUAAUCCACAGUCCUUACCUCUUCGUCCGGGAUCUGUGGGAGCCGGAUCAGCUUCGGCGGCCGGUGGAAUUUCUUCGGAAGAAACAACCAACGCUUGGAAUAGCAGCGCCGCCUCUGCUGCCGCUUUGCAUAGCCGCGUCCCAGUCGCCAUGAACGGAUGGGGUCCACACACCCACACGGCUCCUGGUGCUGAAUGCCUCGGCCCCAACAACGCCGAACCCUCCUUUGGCGGGGGAAUGCUAACCCACGGUGGUGAACAUUUCAUAUCGCCAGCUUUCAACGGAAUGGCUCAUUACCAUGCAAACAUGGACCUCAAACACCCUUUCUACUACACUGGUCAAUUCACUACAGGCAUUCGAGGACUGGCAAUGUGA